GCGGCGGCCUGGAGCGCGGGCCGGGCCCCCGGAGCCGCCGGCAUGACGGGCCGCGUGUGCCGCGGCUGCGGCGGCACCGACAUCGAGCUGGACGCGGCGCGCGGCGAUGCCGUGUGCACCGGCUGCGGCUCGGUGCUCGAGGACAACAUCAUCGUGUCCGAGGUGCAGUUCGUGGAGAACAGCGGCGGCGGCUCGUCGGCCGUGGGCCAGUUCGUGUCCCUGGACGGUGCUGGCAAAGCCCCAACCCUGGGCGGCGGCUUCCACGUGAGCCUGGGAAAGGAGUCGCGAGCACAGACGCUGCAGAACGGGCGGCGCCAGAUCCACCACCUGGGGAACCAGCUGCAGCUGAACCAGCAUUGCCUGGACACCGCGUUCAACUUCUUCAAGAUGGCUGUGAGCAAGCACCUGACGCGCGGCCGGCGGACGGCGCACGUGGUGGCGGCCUGCCUCUACCUGGUGUGCCGCACGGAGGGCACCCCGCGUAUCCUUCGCUGCCCGGCCUCCCGGCGCCGGCCGCGCCUCUCUCUGCUCGCGGGCCGCCCCGCUGACCUGGCUUCCUUCUGGCCUCCUCUUCCCCGGUGUCCACGUGCGUCCCUUUCGCUCUGGGAGAGCUUGUCUCCCCGCCGGGCCUCCGCCUCCGCUCUCCUGGUGGGAGCUGGGGCAGCGGUGUGUCCCGGGCCCUUCCUGGGGCGGGGCUGCCGCGCGCGUGCAGGAGCCCCGGCCUCUCUGCCCCUCCUCGCUCGCCGUUUCCCUCCGUGUGGUCGCCGCAGCCUUCCCCGCGCGUAGGUGGCCCGGCUGCGGCC